AUGGAUCAAGAGAGGAAUGAGAGCAAAGAAAAUUUGGUCCUUCAUUUCAAAAACCCAGUGGACUUGGAGCGGAGCCGGAGCCUGGAGCCUGGAGCCCGGAGCAGAGCGAUUUUAGCCGGAGCGGAGCGGAGCCCGGAGCAGGCAAAAUUUUUGGCUGCUCCGGGCUCCAGGCCUCAAAUAAAAUUUGAAAACUUUGGGGAGAACCCCCAGCCAUAUGAUUUUGCCGAUGUUAUUGAAGGAAAUCUCUUGGCUGAAUGGCCUGGCGACGUCGCAGUGCCUCCGAAAAUGUCCGGCAACGCUCCAGAACUCAGUACAAAUUUGAGUUCUUUCAUCAAGCAUAAUGUUAGACGUUUGAAACGGUUCACGGCGUAUUUUCCACUCACUUUGUCAGCCACUUUCUUGCAUAGUCUCAGACCACACAUUGAUAACUUGUUGCUGAAUAUGGUGAAAAGAGUGAUGUCUCCGAGUGACGUGAAUGAAGCCAAAAGAAUCAUUUACGAGAUCCACCAGUUGGAGAAAAAGGGCGAACUGGCGCAUAUUUUUCCGAGUACAGCUAAAUCAAAAAGUGUCAAGAGGGAUAGUCAGUACAAGGACGUUUGGGAUGAGAUUUUCGUGUUCGUUAAAGCCCAUCAGCGGUCGAAAGGGCAUCGAGAAGUUCUCGAAGCGCUGAGAAUGAUGCGAGGAAGCGAUGGUCCAGACGGUUCUUCAGACACCAACGCCGAAAGGACGUCGAAACGGCGCCUCCAUGACGGAGCAACGAAGCAUGGCAAACAAAUAUUCACCUUCACCAGCGACGGGAAAACGUUGCUGGAGGAGUGGAAUGCUCGGAUCAUUGCUGAAGAUCAUUCGAGGACCAGAGAAAUGCCUGGCAAAUCCCGACCAGGCGUAGCUGGAGAACGACUCUAUCCAGCUUUCAACACUAACAAAGAAGAAACGGAGGCCUGAUGAGGCAUCUUCCUCCUAGCUUUAAUUUAUUUUCUGUUUUUUUAUAUGAGGUUGGAUAUGAUGUGUACGAGCUGCUCAACA